UGGUGGUGAGUGAGUGAGGGGUGGUGGUGGUGAGUGAGUGAGGGGUGGUGGUGGUGAGUGAGUGAGGGGUGGUGGUGGUGAGUGAGUGAGGAGUGGUGGUGACGGUGAUGGCGCCGCGGAAUGCCGCCGCCGCGCUGCCGCUGUUCGUGGCCGCGGGCUCCGCGUCGCUGCUUCUGGGACUCGCGGCGUGCGGGAGCCUCGCGCGGUUCCUCUACGCGGGGCCCCCCAACAUCAACAACAACAUCAACAACAACAACAUCAUCAACAACAACAUCAACAACCCCAGCGCGGACGGCGACGUGGACGCCCUGCGCUGGCGAGAUGUUCGCUGGGGGCUUGACUCGCUCUGGCCUCUGCUCUUCGACCUGGGCCUCGCCGCCUGCUUUCUGCUGCUGCACCGCGCCAUGGCGUCACCGUGGGCCCAGCGCGUCCUCGCGGCCACCUGCGGCGUGUGCCGGCGCGCCGUGCACGUCAUCUACACGGCCGUCACGGUGCAGCUGCUCAUCCACCUGUGGGAGCCGGGGAGGGCCUUGCCCCCGCUGUGGAGCGUGCGCGGCGAGCUGGCGCACAGCACGUGCUUCCUGGUGCACGUGCUCAGCUGGCUCGUAAUGCUGAGCAUCGCCAUCAUCUUCGACUUCCCCGAGCUGAUGGGAAUCAAGCAGAUGUACUAUGAGGUGAUGGGGCUGGGCGAGCCAAUGCUGCUCAAGUCUCGGCGCGCCCAGCGCCUCUACGGGCACAUGCGCGUGCCCGUGUUCGUGGAGGCGCUGCUCGUGCUGUGGGUGGUGCCGCGCAUGAGCGCCGAGCGGGCGCUGCUCUCACUCCUCGCGUCCGCGUACCUGGCCACCGUGCACCGCCUGGACGGCUGUGACUACGAGUACCUGCGCGGGCAGCUCGCCAGGAAGUUCGAGGUGUUCCGUCACGAGGAGCGGCGCCUGGGCCGACUCGGGGACGGAGAGGGAGACUCCGGCUGACAGUACCUCCUCCCACCCUCGCGCUCACCCACGCAGCCCCCCCCCCCCCCCGCCUCAUUUAUCCACAGCCCUCCGCAUUCACCCGCACUCCUCGCUCGCGACACGGGCUCUACCAUCACACCGGCGUCUCCACGCAGCUCCGCCGCCUCCACUGCCAGCGUCUGCACGAGUGUCUCCCCCAAAACAACCUCAAAGUAGCAACCUCCGGCUCAUGUGAACAUUGAGGGGGUGCUCAUCUCGUCACAGCAUGGAGCCAUUGGUGGAAAUAUCACAUUCUUAUGACUCCAGGAACAAGUAUAUCCACAGAACACCCACUGUUGACUUCCCAACUCAUUUUAUCGACUCGCAAAUCUGAUUGCGAGCCGCUCUGCCUACCACUGAGCCACCCAGGGAAUCACAGGAGUAUGAGGCGAUUAGUGACCUUGGGCCCCAGGGUUUGAGUGGAGAAUGAUUGCAGAUGAGUGGAGAGGGAGCGCUGUGUGCCGGCCCCAAAGCAGCCUGGCCAUUCAGCGCUGCGCUUGCGGUUUUAAACUCGUGUGUGGGGUGGGUGCAAUGUGUGGGCCCAUGUGCUCCGUGCAGCAGCUGCAUGUUCAAGUGUUAGCGAUGAUUUCCAGAGUUAGAGUUCUGCGUUAUCAGAAAUAACUGGUGUCGGUUUUGUAUUUUGGUAUAAACGUCCAACACUAAUAAGUGUGUUGGCGUGGGUUAGGUAUUUAAUAUGCAUGUGUCAAUGCUAUUUACACAGUGGGAAGCAAUGAGCUGGAGUUCAGAGAAGGGACAUUUGCUAUUGAACGAGGGGACGAGGCGGCUUGCAUGGGGAGGAAUCGAGUGGUCACCGAUGGCUUUUGUGGCUGAUAUUUUGUUACAUGUAUCUAUAGUCGGCAGCUUUUUAACUAAUUCAUUAAUUUUAACGUAGCACUCUUUUAAAUAUCAUAACUGCUAAUUUUAUAUAAACUUUGAGUUUGCAA